UCAGUUGGCAUUCGCAUUUGCUUUGUGGUCGAACUAAAAAAUGCAGUGCCACAUAGCAGUUUGUGUUGUUCUCACCUUAGUUGUGUUAGAUUACGUAGCGGCAAUCCAGGUGACCACUUCAUUGGGUGAAAUACUUGGCACAACAUUGAAAUCCCGUUUGGGUGCCGACUUCUAUGCAUUCCGUGGCAUACGUUAUGCACAACCACCAGUUGGAGAAUUACGAUUCCAAAAUCCUAAGCCCUACCCAUCAUGGAAACCGAUCGUUUUCGAUGCUACACAAGAUGGGCCCAUGUGCCCGCAAGUUACGGAAAAUGUUACCGAUGCAUCGGAGGAUUGUUUACGUUUAAAUGUUUAUACCAAGGAAAUAGUAGGAGCGAGGAAGCCAGUUGUGGUGUACCUGCAUCCGGGUGGAUUUUAUGGUGUAUCUGCACAGAGCAAGAACUUUGCUGGCGCAGAGCAUUUAAUGGAUCGUGAUGUAGUUUUGGUGACCUUAAACUAUCGCUUAGGUACACUGGGUUUUUUGGCCACUGGCAGUGCUGAAGCACCUGGAAAUGCGGGAUUGAAAGAUCAGGUUGAAGCUUUACGUUGGGUGCGGGAUCAUAUUAGUGAUUUCGGUGGCGAUCCAAAUUCAGUGACAUUGCUUGGCUACAGUGCGGGCAGCUUUAGUAUUGGUCUGCAUAUGAUGUCGCCUAUGUCGAAAGGAUUAUUCCAUCGCGGCAUAAUGAUGAGUGCUUCACCGCUGGGACAGUUCGGAUACGAGAGACGACAGAAAAGACUGAGUGAUAGACAAGCAGAUUUAUUAAACUGUCCCCAAGAGCCAGCUGCCGAGUUGGUGAAGUGUCUGAAGAAGAAACCAAUGUUGGACUUUGUGAACAGCUCAGCUCAAAUGUUUGAUUUCAAUUGGAAUCCUGUCUUAAAUUGGAUGCCAGUGAUCGAAGAUGAUUUUGGACAAGAGCGCUUUUUGGUGGAGGAUCCAUAUAAGACCAUACAAAGCGAAAGGCUCUACAAAGUACCACUUAUAAUCGGUAUAACGGAGUAUGAAUUCGUUGGUGGUGCCUAUUAUAUCCUGAAAAAUGAGACUACAAGGAAAUGGUUGAAUGAAGAUUUCGAAAAAUAUGCACCAAUUACACUUAUGUACGAACGUGACACGGCGCGUUCGAAACAUAUAACUCAGACGUUGCGCUCAAAAUACCUAGGAAAUUCUACCUUGACGUUUCCCGAAUCUUUGGACUCAUUUGGGAAGCUGUAUUCUGAUGGCAUCAUUAACUUUGAAUAUCAUCGUUUCCUGGAUUUGGUGUCACGGGCUACGCCCGUCUAUACGUACCUAUUCACCUACAAAGGACGUUAUAGUCAUUUCCAGUAUAAUGGUGAAGUUUACGGUGCGGUACAUCACGACGAAUUGCUAUAUUUGUUACGAGUACCUGUUAUGACGCCUCUUUUCACGCAAAGUGAUCCCGAAAAUGUGGUUAUUGAAAAUUUAACUCGUAUGUGGACGGAGUUCGCCAAAAAAGGAGAUCCAAAUAAUGUAAGCGACAAGUUCUUAAAGAAUUUAAAAUGGCCGCUGUAUUCCAAAGAUAAGAAGCCUUACUUGGUAAUCGGAAAGGAUUUCACCGUUUCAGAAGGUGGCAUUUACACUGAAAGAUUCCAAAUCUGGGAUGAGUUAUUCCCCGUGCCAAAUUUCAACUAAGUAUGUACAUCUUAUACAAGCGGACUUUUUUUUUGAAGGUUCCUAUUCUAUUGAUAAGAAUAUCGGGGGCCUAUAUUCAAUACCGCCCAACUGCAAUUUUCACAAAAAUGAGAUUCUGAUUUAAAAACCCACCUAAGACUUAACUGUCAUCGGUAAUAUUAAUGCUGACCUUGUAUAACGCUUGGCAGAAGAAUUCACUAUUAAAUUGUAAAAUCGGAAUUAGCAUCAGUGAUGACAGGCAAGUCCCAGAUGGGUUUUAUCAUCACAAAGUAGUUUUUGUGAAAAUUGCACAUAGAGGGUAUUGAGUAUAAGCCCCCGAUAUACUUAGAAAAAAAAAAGAAAAAGAAAAAAAAAUUAAAAUAUAUUUUUAAU